UCUUCCUUUUCCGCCAUCUUGCUGCACCGGCACCAUGGUGCGCAUGAACGUUCUAGCCGAUGCUCUCAAAAGCAUCAACAAUGCAGAGAAACGUGGGAAACGCCAAGUUCUCAUUAGGCCGUGCUCCAAAGUAAUUGUCCGGUUUUUAACUGUGAUGAUGAAGCACGGUUACAUUGGUGAAUUUGAGAUAAUUGAUGACCACAGAGCUGGGAAGAUUGUUGUCAAUCUCACAGGCAGACUCAACAAGUGUGGUGUAAUCAGUCCCAGAUUUGAUGUUCAGCUGAAGGAUUUGGAAAAGUGGCAGAACAACCUGCUGCCUUCACGUCAGUUUGGGUACAUUGUACUGACAACCUCAGCUGGCAUCAUGGACCAUGAGGAGGCUAGGCGAAAACACACAGGAGGCAAAAUCCUGGGAUUCUUUUUCUAAAACUUGUAAAAAAAGAGGAUACUAAUAAAUUGUUCAAACGGA